AAGUCACAUCGGCGUUGGGGAGCAAAGAUGAAACCGAACGGAGACCAUAAGCUCCGUUAAAACACAAGUCGAACUGAUCAGUUCCGAGGCAGUCGAUCGGUGUCCUUUGCGGACACUUCUGCACGUUGGUAAAUAAUAAGAAGUGUCACCGAUCUGCACCACAGCAAUGGUGCCCGUGAAGAGCUUCUGGCUUCUUCUCUCCAUACUUCUCUGCAAGACAGACUGGUCCGGGGCUGCGGGCUGCUCAGGAUCAUCGUGCGGCAGUUGCGAUUGCAGCGGCGUGAAGGGGUCAAAGGGUGAACGAGGACUUCCCGGCCUGCAGGGCAACAUGGGAUUUCCUGGAAUGCAAGGGCCUGAAGGACCGCCAGGACAGAUUGGACCAAAGGGUGACCGCGGAGAACCAGGCGCAUCUGGACACAAAGGAACAAGGGGUCCUCCUGGUGCUGCAGGGUUCCCAGGAAAUCCAGGACUUCCAGGAAUCCCAGGUCAAGACGGCCCCCCAGGACCACCGGGCAUCCCAGGCUGCAAUGGGACAAAGGGAGAACAUGGAUUACCUGGAAUCUCGGGAGAACCUGGCUUGCGGGGCCCACCUGGUAUCCCUGGAAUUCCAGGAAUGAAGGGUGAUCCUGGUGGUUUAAUUGGAGGCUUCAUCCCUCUGAAGGGUGAGAAAGGAUCGCCUGGAAAUCCAGGUCUGUUGGGGCAACCUGGGAUGCCAGGGACCUCUGGUCCAUUUGGACCACCAGGGCCAGCGGGAGUCCAAGGGCCUCCAGGACCGCCGGGUCCACCAGGAGAGCCGUACAACGUGACGUUCAGUGGGGAGAAGGGGCAGAAGGGUGAGAGAGGAGUUACAGGACCCCCCGGACCCCCAGGACAGUUUGAUGGCACAGAAACACCGGGGCCAAUCUACAUAAGACCGGGACCCAAGGGUGACACAGGUGAACGUGGCGAGAAAGGAGAGAAGGGCUACUGUUUGCCAUAUGCAAAUGGCGUCAAAGGUGAACCUGGCCCACAAGGACCCAGGGGCAAACCUGGUAAAGAUGGAGAGAAGGGCAGCAAAGGGGAUCAAGGUUUUCAUGGUGAUCCUGGAUAUGACGGACGGCCGGGUGAAAAAGGAGAAAAAGGUCUCCCUGGAUAUGGUGGUGGUGCUCCAGGUCCUGCAGGACCUCCUGGACCCCCAGGCUUGAAAGGAGAGCGAGGUUUCCCUGGUUUUCCAGGAGACCCUGGUCCUCCAGGGAGACACAUUGAAGGACCUCCUGGAGAAAUUGGAUUCCCUGGGGAGAUUGGACAGAAGGGUGACAAGGGUGCUGCCGGUUUACCACUACGUGGCCCAGGAGGUCAACCUGGACUUCCUGGACAACCUGGCCCUCCUGGACCUCCAGGGGACGGAGAGUGUGAUAUUCAACACGGACCACCAGGGCCCCCAGGUCCACCAGGUCUCCAGGGAGAGGUGGGACAAAAAGGGGACCAAGGAGAUGUUUGUGUGGAUUGUGUAGCUUUUGGACCUCCUGGACCUCCUGGCCCUCCAGGGCCAUCUGGAAAGCAAGGUUAUCCUGGAACCCCCGGAUCAAAAGGAGAGAGGGGCCAAUCGGGGCCUCGUGGUCCUCAAGGCAAUCCUGGAUUAGAUGGUGCCCCAGGCUUAAUGGGUCAACCAGGUGCCCAAGGAGAACCAGGCGACAUCUAUGUCGCCCCAGGGCUGAAAGGAGACAAGGGCAGGCCAGGCAUCCCUGGAGAUAGAGGACUACCAGGAGUAGAUGGAGUCCCGGGGCGACACGGCUUACCCGGUGUGCCAGGACUCAAAGGAGAAGCGGCAACUUUUGGUAUUAAAGGAGAAAAAGGUGAAGUUGGACGACCUGGUUAUAGUGGACCCCCAGGAGAGAGAGGUCCUCCAGGUGUUCCAGGGAAUGGUCUUCCUGGUGCACCUGGAGAAAAAGGCAGUCGUGGUGAGCCAGGAAGACCAGGAGUACCAGGAAUAAUAGGUCCCAAAGGGGAACCGGGGAAAGGUGUCAGUAUACCAGGUCCACAAGGUACCCCAGGACCCAGAGGAGACACAGGAAGGCCUGGGAUACAGGGUGACCGAGGACCUCAGGGUACCCCAGGCUUUCCUGGCCUUCAAGGAAAGAAAGGUGAGAUAGGCCACCCAGGCAUCGGACUGCCUGGCCUUCCUGGACCGAAAGGACACUCGGGAAUCCCAGGGGCACCUGGCCUGCCUGGUGAGCCAGGUCUGCCUGGGAUUGAUGGUGCAUCUGGAUAUCCAGGUCGUCCUGGGCAAAAGGGUGAACCAGGGAGGGGUCUUCCUGGGCCUAAGGGCUCUAUGGGGCCAAAGGGGGUAACUGGCUUUCCAGGAGAUAAAGGCAACACCGGUCAUCCUGGCAUCCCAGGACAGGAGGGGCUGACAGGUCUUCCUGGACCUCAGGGAAAUAGAGGUGAUCCUGGACCCCCUGGGUCACAUGGAUUACCAGGCCCACCAGGCCCACCAGGACUAGGAGCGCCUGGACCACAAGGACCCAUGGGACCCCCGGGUUUUCCAGGACCCUUCGGACCAUCUGGAGAGAAGGGCGUGAAGGGGGACCCUGGCUUCCCUGGCCUGGACAUGCCUGGACCACAGGGAGAGAAAGGUGACGCAGGACUCCCUGGAUUUCCUGGAGCAAAGGGGAUAAAGGGUCAACCAGGCCCUGUUGGCCAAGAUGGGGUGCCAGGCCAGAAAGGUUCCAAAGGAGAGAUAGGAUUCAUUGGAACACCAGGAUUUCCUGGACCUCCGGGCUCCACUGGAGAUCCUGGCGUUCCUGGACCAAGAGGUGACCCUGGUUUGAUUGGAAUACGGGGUGAAACUGGUCAUCAGGGGCCCAAAGGAGAUCGAGGAGAUCCUGGCCUACAGGGACCUGCAGGAAACAUGACUGAUGCAGACAUGGAACACCUGAAAGGCGAUAAAGGUGACAGUGGUGACAGAGGUGAUCCUGGACUAACGGGAGAGAAAGGAUUUCCUGGGGAAUCUGGAAAACCUGGAAUGCCAGGAAAGGAUGGAAUGCCAGGUUUACCUGGUCAACAAGGUGAGAAAGGUGACAUAGGAGACCCUGGAGAACCUGGAAGAACUGGAUAUCCUGGACAGAAAGGCAUCAUAGGAGAAAUGGGAAUUCCAGGUUCUGUUGGACCAAAGGGCUCUAAAGGGGUAGGUGGUACCCCAGGUCACCCUGGUUUUCCAGGGUCCACCGGGGUGAAGGGGGAGAAGGGAGUCCCUGGCAGUCCAGGUGUUGGGAUACAGGGACCUCCAGGAGAGAAGGGUAAUAUCGGUCUACCAGGCAUCACUGGGACCCAAGGAGAGAAAGGCCAAAAAGGUGUAAUGGGUGUCCCAGGAAAGCCAGGCACAUUUGGACUUAAGGGCGAUAGAGGCUAUGAUGGUUUUCAAGGUAGCCCUGGACAACCAGGUGGCAAAGGAGACCCUGGGCUGCAUGGGCUGCCGGGAGAUCCGGGUUUACCAGGCAGACCAGGUGAACCAGGUCUACAGGGCCCACCUGGUCCUCAAGGGGAGAAGGGUCAGGCUGGUAUAGAUGGAAUACCAGGGUCCUCAGGGGAACGGGGUGAACCAGGUGCACCUGGAAGAGGCUUCCCUGGAUCACCCGGUCAGCCUGGCAGUAAAGGUGACAAAGGCAGUGAUGGGCUUCCAGGGGCCCCAGGCAUUCCUGGUGUUCCUGGAUUGAAAGGUGAUAAGGGCUUGGCGGGAGAUCAGGGUCGCCAGGGUCCACCAGGGGAGAGGGGCCUACCAGGGCAGUCAAUGGAAGGGCCCAAGGGUGACAGAGGAGUCCCAGGAGGGGCAGGAGAAAGAGGUGCACCCGGAGCCCCAGGCCUACCUGGAGUUCCUGGAAGCACCGGAGCCAAAGGUGAAAAAGGAGGCGAGGGCUUCCAGGGGCCCACAGGGCAACCGGGGUACAAGGGGGAAAAAGGACCUCCUGGACUUCCUGGAAUACCUGGCCUGCCGGGGUACAAUGGAGGAAAGGGGGAGACGGGAUUGCAAGGUCCUCCUGGAUUCCCAGGAAUGAAGGGUGACUCUGGUUUUAUGGGAAACAAAGGAGAGCAAGGAGACAGAGGUUUCCCUGGAAUCAAAGGUAAUGAUGGGCCUCCAGGACCACCUGGUCCCACAGUGUUAAUUAAGGGGGAUAUCGGCUUCCCAGGGCAUCAAGGGCCACAGGGUCCCCAAGGACUUCCGGGACUUUCGGGAGUUAAGGGCCUGCAAGGUGUGACCGGACCAAAGGGCAUAAAAGGAGAAGAAGGGCAGCCUGGAUAUGAUGGCCGACCCGGGAUGAAGGGCGAGCCAGGGCCCAUUGGGCCUUCUGGUCCCAGGGGCUAUCCCGGCCCCCCAGGGCCAGAUGGUCAGCCUGGGCAGGUGGGGCCCCCAGGACCCUCAUCCAUGGAUCAUGGCUUCCUGGUGACACGGCAUAGCCAGUCAGUGGAAGUGCCCUUCUGCCCAGAGGGAACGAGGUUGAUCUAUGAUGGGUAUUCCCUCUUGUACGUGCAGGGCAACGAGCGUUCACAUGGACAGGACUUGGGAACAGCAGGGAGCUGCCUGAGAAAGUUCAGCCCCAUGCCUUUCCUGUUCUGCAACAUCAACAACGUGUGCAACUUUGCAUCAAGGAAUGACUACUCCUACUGGCUGACUUCUCCUGAACCCAUGCCUAUGAGCAUGGCACCCAUCACUGGCGAAAGCAUUAAGCCCUUCAUUAGCAGGUGUGCUGUAUGUGAGGCCCCUGCCAUGGUGAUUGCAGUACACAGCCAGUCUAUUCGUAUCCCUCCCUGCCCUCAGGGAUGGGACUCCCUGUGGAUUGGCUACUCCUUUGUCAUGCACACCAGUGCAGGAGCAGAGGGUUCUGGUCAGGCACUGGCCUCUCCUGGCUCGUGUCUGGAGGAAUUCCGCAGCGCCCCCUUCAUCGAGUGCCACGGACGCGGUACCUGCAACUACUACGCCAACUCCUACAGCUUCUGGCUGGCCACCAUCGAGGACCAUGACAUGUUUACGAAACCUGUCCCCGCAACGCUAAAAGCAGGAAGCUUACGAACCCACAUCAGCAGGUGCCAGGUCUGCAUGAAGAGGACAUAAUGCAGCUGCUGCUUUGGCUCAGAAUACAUCUUUUCUAAAAAAAAAAAAAA